CGGGUCAGACGUCGUUUCGUGUUGCUUCAAAAUGCUUUUUACACAAUGCUUUUUCAAAAUAUAUUUGUCUAUUCACUUCAUUUCUUUCGUCUUUCAUUCGAGAACGUCGGCAGAUAUACAGAAUAACACAGAAUGGAUGAGCAUCAAGAGAUUACGAUCGAAAUUAUUAAAUAAUUACAAUAAACAACUCGAUCCCGUUCAACGCCAGGGAAAUAAUACGGUUGUUAAUCUCACUUUAUCAAUUAUAUACAGCAUGGACCUGAUAGAAAAGAAUGAAACUCUAAUACUAGAAGGAUCCAUUCGUCGGAUUUGGCAAGACGAUCGAAUGGUUUGGAAUCCUAAUGAAUUUGGAGGAUUAGAUUCUCUUCCUGUAUAUGAAGAGGAUAUUUGGUUACCUAAAAUUACCAUUCUUGAGAGUGCUCCCGAUCAUAGUCACAUCCAACUAAAAACAAGACCCGUCAUUAAAGCAUUAGGUACGAUUCAUUGGUCGGUAAGAGGCACAUUCAAAUCACUCUGUCCAUUGACCUUUGACAUUUAUUUGCAAACCGUUCAGACGUGUAAUAUAAGUUUUUUGGCUCGGACUCCCGAAGAUCUCGACAUAGAUCUCCGAAUAGGAAGUCCCAAAAUCCACGGAGAUGGUCCCAAAUCCAUCAGCACCAAAUGGAAGUUUGUAGGUUACGAAGUGAAAAGGAUAGUCAGAUACGAAGAGAACGUAUCCAGGAAUCGGAUAUACGUUGUCUAUUCUUUUAAAAUUCAAUCGAUGCCACCCAAAGAGGAAAAAAUCGUUAAAUCGCCAAUUAUCGUUUCCACCAUUUUAAUGCUAUUGAUGUUUUUGUUACCUUCUUCCAACGAUAAGAAGUUAACUUUAGGAGCAACGUCCAUUUUUAUUCUCUUGAGUCUUUUCUUCUACGUUGUGAAUGUCGUCGAGUCUCCGAUAUCCAAAAAUAUUGCGAUAUAUCCAAUUCGUUCCAUGGUUUACAUCGUGGUGUCGGCUAUUCUCUUCGAAAUUUUAGUCCUUCUGGUGACAAGACUAAGAACGGAACCGCCUAAAUUAACGGAUAUUCUUUAUGGAAAUGUGGGAAGAGUUAUGUGUUUGUUCUGUCGACAAGAUACGAGGGACGAACCGAAGACGAAGAGAAGUCCCGAAGAAGUGUGGAAGAUGGUGGCAAAAGCUAUGGACAGAUUUCUAUUUAUAUCAUUUGUAAUCGUCAUCGUCGUCGUUCGAUUGUGUUAAUUAUAUUUUAUGUAAAAUUAUAUUAAAAUUUAUUCGAAUGUAAAAAAAAGUUUUAAAAA